AUGGAGAGCGAUGCCUCUGCUCAGUUAAACGAUGCCCUAGUCGCAGACUUAUUGGCGCAGUUCAAUGCUAGUGCUCGACCAGCAGCGCCCAGGUUUACUGCUGCUAAGCGUGACGUUUCUGAAAAUGCUGUUGCUGAAAGUGUUGUACCUGACAAUAUUGCAACUGAAAUGCCUAACCAGAUGUUUUCUCCGCCACAGAUGCCUGUGGUUGAAAUUCCAUCCAUCGCUAACAGCGAUGAGUAUGAUUACCUUCCUGGGCACUUUGAUGUUCGUUGCGUCAUUAGUGAAGCAGUGGACGCUGGAAAGGAGUCUUAUCUAGUGGAAUUGCGAAGCGGGGAGAUUGAAACUAUCUCGUCCUCGCGACUCGAAUCACUUGAUAACGGGCCAAUAGCGUUGUCGAACUUUCAAAACUCAGAAAGAUACAGCAUCUCUUCAUCUUCAUCGGAUACAGUAGCUGCUUCAGAAGAGGACGACCGUUCUUCUGAUUCACAUUCUCAGAGGGGGAAACGCCGCUCUACCCGGUUGAAACGUACUACAUUUACGGAUUUCUUUGAUGGUAUUAGCAGUGACAACGGAAUGGGUCGCUCGUCGAGGGGCGCUUCUAGCGACGGUAUUUUCUCGCCUUUUAGAAAAACCACUAAGCAGCGUCGGUUGCGGAGAGGCCGGCGUCGGGAAAUGCGCUUGGACAUCACAGAUGAAGCCAGCGAUUUUGCUUCAAAGGGGACACGCUUUUCGACCCGACAGCGCAAAGUCCUUCGACGUAAUCUACGUGAACUGUAUGAAUACGAGAUCUCCGAGAACGAGGGGCACGAAAAAAGACAAAAGUUUCAUGGAGCUAGAGAAACAUUUAAUAAAGCUCCAUUAGAAGACCCCUUUCGACUGAAACAUCAAGACUCGUGUGAUUACUGCUAUGUUACUGGAGAUGAUUGUGCAAAGGGUCCUCUGGUUUUUUGCCAAGGAUGCACCAGUGCAUAUCAUCGCCUUUGCCUAGGCCCAAGAGCAACACGCGAACACCUGGUUACAAAAGUAUCAGAUUCUCUAUUUCUUCUCCAAUGCCGCCGAUGCCUUGGAGUUGCUCAUGCAAAAGACUCUACCAGCCCUCAUCUGGGUUGCUGUACCGUCUGUCAUGAGAAAGGAGAUAUGGCCGAGCCACUUAAAGAACGCUUAACCCCAAAGCAAGAACAGCAGCUUCGUCAAGACAAUGAUGAUAAUGACCCGAUUACCGUUGUGGAUGAGGCCCGCAUAAAUAACCUUGAUAAUUUAUUCUUUCGCUGCAUCUCUUGUCACAGAGCUUUCCACUUUGAGCAUCUGACAAUCGACGCAGCGUGGCAGUGUCAGGAUUGUUCUUCAGUUCCUGGGGAGAUCGGCGCUAUUGUCUCCUGGCGGCCAACAGACCCUCAAAAAUUUACUCUAGGAUCUACAGCGGAUGUCCUGAAGGAGACGGAUAAGGAGUAUCUUAUUAAGUGGAAGAAUGAGCCCUAUAGAACUGCCACUUGGAUGCCUGGAAGCUGGGUUUGGGCAGUCGCAAGCCCUCCCAUGCGUCGGGGUUUUCUUAGGUCCGACAAAAGACUGAAGCCUCAUAUGACUGCGGAGGAGGCCAUUCCCGACGAUUUCCAGCGUGUCGAUAUUGUUUUUGAUAUACAAUACGCUGAAGAUAGCCCACAUGACCGGACCUACGAAGCCGACUGUGCGCGAGUGGAUCACGUAGCUAAGGCAUAUGUCAAAUUCAAAGGCCUUCCUUAUGAAGAUGCAGUCUGGGACUCGCCUCCAGAUCGUAAUAGCAAGCGAUGGAAAGAUUUUGAAGCCGCUUACAAAGACUGGGUUAGCCGUGACUACGUUCACACUCCAGACUCGCAGUCUCUCAAGAAACAUCUUGCCCAUGUUCGACGACGGAAUUUCAAAAGAGACGUGGUGAGAGAAACCCAACCAGAAACAAUGACUGGUGGGGAGAUCAUGGAUUAUCAGAAAGAUGGUUUAAACUGGCUGUAUUAUAUGUGGUUUAAGCAGCAGAACGCCAUCCUUGCCGAUGAGAUGGGACUUGGGAAAACCAUCCAGGUUAUUGGUUUAUUUGCAACUCUUAUCCAGUACCAUAAAUGCUGGCCUUUUCUAGUUGUGGUUCCAAAUUCCACCUGUUCAAAUUGGCGGAAGGAAAUAAAAACUUGGAUGCCUUCAAUUCGGGUAGUUACGUAUUAUGGUUCCUCGUUCUCGCGGAAGCUCGCUCAGAAGCAUGAGAUGUUUCCCGGUGACGACGGUGACCUUAAGUGUCAUGUUGUCGUUACUUCUUAUGAAACCAUGGUUGAUGAUGCAUCUCGGAGGGUGCUCUCUAAAGUUCCUUGGGCUGGAUUGGUUGUUGAUGAAGGCCAGCGAUUGAAAAAUGAUAAAAGUCAACUCUAUGAGGCAUUGUCACGGAUGUCAUUCCCCUUUAAGGUGCUAAUGACUGGCACUCCUCUCCAAAACAAUAUCAGGGAAUUAUUUAAUCUUUUACAGUUCUGUGAUCCAACCACCAAUGCAGAAGAUCUAGAGAAUGAGUAUGGAACUCUUUCAAAGAAAAAUAUCCCUGAACUGCACAAUAUUAUUCGGCCUUUUUUUCUCCGGAGAACCAAGGCCCAGGUCCUGUCAUUUCUUCCCCCUGUUGCACAAAUCAUCGUUCCAGUCUCAAUGACCGUUGUGCAAAAGAAAUUAUAUAAGUCAAUUCUUGCCAAGGAUCCGAAUUUGAUCAAAACUAUCUUCCAGCAAAAAAAUGGCGACGGUCCGGCGCUUAAAAAUAAACAAACAGAGCGGCACAAUCUGAACAAUAUUUUGAUGCAACUCAGAAAAUGCUUGUGCCAUCCCUUCAUUUACAGCAAAGCCAUCGAAGAGCGCACAGCUGAUGCGGCUAUGUCUCAUAGAAAUUUAGUCGACGCAGCGGGGAAGUUUCAGUUACUUGAACUCAUGCUGCCGAAGCUCCAAAAGCGCGGCCAUAGAGUGCUGAUUUUCAGCCAGUUUCUGGAUAAUCUAGAUAUCAUUGAAGAUUUCCUCGAUGGACUUAUGCUUCCGCAUCUUCGCCUUGAUGGGCGCAUGUCAUCUUUGGAGAAGCAGAAUGUAAUUGAUGAAUACAACGCAGAGAACUCGCCAUACUUUGCAUUCCUGCUGUCCACCAGAUCGGGGGGGUGUGGGGAUCAAUCUGGCCACAGCCGAUACCGUCAGAAGAAUAAAGUCCUGGUUUUCCAGCUCAUGACUCGGGGUAGUGCGGAAGAAAAGAUCAUGCAGAUUGGUAAAAGCAAGAUGGUCCUGGAUCAUGUGCUUAUCGAUCGAAUGGCUGCUGAAGACGACGAUGGACAAGAUCUCGAAUCAAUCCUUCGACAUGGAGCCCAGGUGUUAUUCGAAGACGACGAUUCACGCGAUAUCCACUACGAUUCUGAGCUCGAUCUCAAUCCCCCCCCCAACGAGGACGGGAAAGAGUCGCAAUUCAGCUUUGCUCGAGUCUGGGCAAAUGACACCCAGGAUCUUGGCGAUCUGUUGCAAGAUACAGAGGACUCCCCGCCCAGUGCUGCUGUUUGGGAGAAGAUCCUUCAGGAGCGGGAGCAAGCAGCGGUUGACGAAGCCAAACGCAAAGCGGAGACUCUUGGCCGAGGUAAAAGAAAGCGGACCACUGUUGACUAUAGCCAUACUGCAACCGAAGAAUCUCCGGUGAAGGUACGCCGCACGCGCGAGGCUGAAAGCGACGAAGAGUUCAAGGGAGGUGACGUUGUGGAAUCCGAUGUCGACUCCAGCCCUGAAACUGAUUCGGACGUCAUGGCGUGGGCAGCCAAGAAGAAGCCCAAAGCAGUGCAACCCUUCAAACGCAUCCAUUCCCCAGACGAUGCUGCAGCCUCCACAUUCCCAGCCAACAUGGACGGCCAUAUAGAAAACCGCUCGUCAUGUCUCGCCUGCAAUCAACGUCACCCAGCUGGCUCCUGCCGUUUGAAAUUGGCCGGCGUCGAACACUGCGGACUUUGUGGACUCGCGCACUUUGGUGUCGCCCGGACCUGCCCUCAUCUCAAGUCCGAUAUUCAAGUAGCCCGGAUGUUGGAAGCCUUAAAGCAUAGCGCCGAAGACCCGGAACUUGUCCUUCGGGCCAAAAAAAAUACCUGA